GUGGGUCAAGCACUGAACAGAGUUUCAGUUUUGGCAGCGGCAUCCAGUGCCCUGCUGGCAGCGUCCCGAGAGGCAGGGGUGACGGACUGGACGCCCCUGAAACUGGAUCAACGGGAGAGAAGGAAGUGGCUAAAGCUGGCUGUGAAGGUUAAGCACAUGUAAAGCACUCGGAAAGAACUCGGUGUGUGUUCUUCUGACCCAGCACAGCAUCCCACGAGAAGUCAGCCUGGGCGGCACAGCCCCCUCAGGAGCCACCGGCAAUGACGCCCUUCCUGCUCGCCUGCCUGCUGGCUGCCUUUCCAGCCGUCUCCACGAAGAGUCCCAUAUUCGGUCCCCAGCAGGUGAGAGGUGUGGAAGGUAAAUCCGCGUCCAUCACGUGCUUCUACCCACCCACCUCUGUCAACCGGCACACCCGGAAGUACUGGUGCCGGCAGGGGGCCAGCGGCCCCUGCACGACGCUCAUCUCCUCUGAGGGCUACGUCUCCAGCAACUACGUGGGCAGAGCCCGCCUCACCAACUUCCCGGAGAACGGCACAUUUGUGGUGGACAUCGCCCAGCUGUUCCGGAAUGACUCCGGGCGCUACAAGUGUGGCCUGGGCCUCAACAGCCGAGGCCUGUCCUUUGAUGUCAGCCUGGAGGUCAGCCAGGAUCCUGGGCUCCUAAAAGACACUGAUGUCUACACAGUAGACGUGGGCAGAACAGUGACCAUCAAAUGCCCUUUGACGUCCACGAAUGGUCACCUGAAGAGGUCCUUGUGCAAGUGGAGAGGCCAGCACUGCGUGACCGUCAUCGACACCAAUUAUGUGAGCAGCGAAUAUGGUGGCAGAAUAAGCCUUCCGAUUCAGGGCACUGAUCAAUCAACAUUCAGCGUCAUCAUCAAGCAGCUCAGGCUCAGCGAUGCUGGGAAGUACACCUGCAAGGUCGGGGAGGGUCCCACAGCGGAAAUGAAGAACGUUGACCUCCAAGUGCUUGAGCCCGUGCCUGAGCUGGUUUAUGGGGACCUGAGGGGCUCAGUGUCCUUUGACUGUGCCCCGGGCCCCGAGGCGGCCAAUGUGGCCAAAUUUCUGUGCCGGGUAACCAAGGGGGAAUCCUGCGAUGUGGUCAUCAACACCCUGGGCCAGAGGGAUUCGUCCUUUGAGGGCAGGAUCCUGCUCACCCCCAGGGACCAGGGCAGGCUCUUCAAUGUGCUGAUCACAGGCCUGAGGAAGGAGGACGCCGGGCGCUACGUGUGCGGAGCCCACUCCGACGGGGUGCUGCAGGACGGCUGGCCCAUCCAGGCGUGGCAGCUCUUCGUCAACGAGGAGACCACGAUUCCCCAGAGCCCCUCCGUGGUGAAGGGCGUGACAGGAGGCUCCGUGUCUGUGCUCUGCCCCUACAACCCGAAGGAAGGCAGCGCGAGCAAGUACUGGUGCCGCUGGGACGGGGCGGAGAGCAGCGGCCGCUGCCCCCUGCUGGUGGAGAGCCAGGGGCUGGUGAAGGAGCAGUACAAGGGCCGGCUGGUGCUGCACGAGGAGCCGGGCAACGGCACCUACACCGUCAUCCUCAACCAGCUCACCGCCAAGGACGCCGGCUUCUACUGGUGUCUGACCAACCGCGACAUUCGCUGGAGGACCUCUAUGGAGCUCAAGGUUAUUGAAGGAAAACCGAACCUCAAGGUACCAGAGAAUGUCACUGCUGUGCUGGGAGGGUCCCUCAAGCUGCCCUGCCACUUCCCGUGCAAAUUCUACUCCCACGAAAAAUACUGGUGCAAGUGGAGCAACAGCGGCUGCCAGGCCCUGCCCACCCAAGACGAAGGACCCAGCCAAGCCUUUGUGAACUGCGACCAGAACAGCAAGGUCAUCUCCCUAACCCUGAACCAGGUCACCAAGGCGGACGAGGGCUGGUACUGGUGUGGCGUGAAGGAGGGCCAGCUGUAUGGAGAGACUGCCGCUGUCUACGUGGCAGUUGAGGAGAAGGUACAGGGGUCCCGCAGCGGCAGCCCAGAGAACGCCAACGUCCCUCCCGGUGAGGACCUGUUAGAGGCCAGUGCCAGCGAGACUGAGAACAGAGCCGUCCAGGGUCCCAGGCUUUUUGCCGAGGAAAGAGUGGUGGAGGAUGUGGAAGACCAAGCCGAGGGGAGCAGAGCAUCUGCGGAUGCCAGCGGCUCUGAGGGGCAAGGCGGGAGUUCCAAGGUGCUGCUGUCCACCCUGGUGCCCCUGGGCCUGGUGCUGGCGCUGGGCGCUGUGGCUGUCGGGGUGGCCAGAGCCCGGCACAGGAAGAACGUGGACCGGGUCUCCAUCGCAAGCUACAGGACAAACAUUAGCAUGUCAGACUUCGAGAAUUCCAGGGAAUUUGGAGCCAAUGACAACAUGGGAGCCUCUCCGGUCACCCAGGAGACGUCCCUCGAAGGGAAAGAUGAGCUGAGCACGACCAACGAGAGCACCACGGAGACCGGAGAACCCAAGAAGGCAAAAAGGUCGUCCAAGGAGGAAGCUGAGAUGGCCUACUCCGCCUUCCUGCUCCAGGCCAGCAACGUGGCCACCGAGGCCCAGGACAAGCCGGCGGAGGUCUAGGCCGCCCGCUGCCUCUCCUUCCACCUGUGCCAAUCACCUGCAGAAUCACCGUGAUCCUGGGGCCCUCACUCCAGGGGACUCCACUGCCUGCACUCUGACCCACCUGGGCUUUUCCCACCUGUCCUCAGAGGCGUGCUGGUCCCUCCAAGCCUGGCCCGAUUGUCCCUGUUGGGGGUGGGUGGUGGGAGGAGUCCCACCUGCAGCUGAUUUCUAGUGGGAGACCCCAAGUUGCAGAGGAUAAGGUCCUCGUGGGGCCUCCCUAAAGCAAGAGGCUUCCCCCAGAGGAGCUGAUUUCACAAAGAAGAGAAAUUUAGAGCCUCCCUGCACCCUUAUCAUGGGAUGUCAAUGGGAUUUUCCCCUCCACUCCAUCCCACCCACCCUUCCUUUCUCUCUUCUUCUUUCCUUCAUUCAAAAGACGUGUUUGAAUACUUAAUAGAACCCAGGUGCCCUGCUAGAUGCUGAGACAGACACGCCACAAACCCCGCUACAGCAUUUCUGUAAGCAUCACGGAAAGAACCCUCUCUCAGGGUAUUUUUGCUCACCGAGGCCUGAAAUCCUCACCAGGUGUGCUCCCCUCUGCCCUUCUUGGGAGACAUCGUCAACUACCUGGAGCCCUAAGGCAUUAGGGGUCACAUUCGACGGGCACCCACACAAGUAGUUAUAUGCCCACAUUCCUACCAUUUCACAGGUGAGACAACUGAGGUCCCGGGAGGUGAAACAUUUUUCUCAAGGGUGCCCAGUGAGAUAAGCCAGAUAUAGCAUCCUCCUGUCCUCUUGGCCGGAGGACUCUCCACGAGAGCCCCUGCCCCCUUGGAGGCAGAGUCUUACAAUAGAAGAAGGAGGAGGGAGAAGGGAAAAAUGAAAUGAAGACUGAUCUCUCCCAGGCCCCACUCCAGGGAAGACCACCCUUCUUCCCUUCCUGCCACUCACAUGGACCUAAGACUAAAGAACGGCCAAACCCUCAUAACCCCUCAUAUUUGACAAGUUCCAAGUAGAAGGGAAGAAAAGAAGGUGUUUGAUGGUGCCAGGAAGGGGCUGUUCUCUCCAAAGAGCUAAAGUUUGAUGUCUUUUUCCCUCUGAGUUCUGCCUUUCAACCAGCACCUACAAGCUGGCAUCUGCUAACGAAUCAGAAAUGUGAUUUAAUGAAUAAUUAAAGACAAUGAUUGCCACCAA